UCCUGGUUGCGGUCCGACAGCAACAGUAAAGCAGCAUUUCCAAUUUGUUCUCCCCCCCGAAACUGUUGUUGUUGUUGUGUGACGCGGCGAUGUGGAUUUACAAGCUCAUUUUCGGACUCUUCCUCGUUUCUUGUUCUGAGGGCAGACGAAAUGCACUCCAGGACUAUCAGAAGACUGAUGGUGUUCGACUGGUUGUCGUGUCUCCUGAUUCCUCCCAUCUGACCAAAAGCAGGAAGCUGAACAUGGUCAAGUGCGCCAGAUCCUGCAGCCGCAACAAAAGGCUCCCCUUCACCUGCAGAGCGUUCCUCUAUGAUCAUAAAAACAGGAAAUGCCAGUGGCUGUCAUUCGACAGGAACUCACCAGGAGCUCAGAGCCAACAGGACUUCAACUACCAACUCUAUCAAAAGAAAGACUACGUGAGAGAGUGCAUUGUGGGUACAGGUCAGAGCUACAGGGGGCGGAGGUCGGUGACAGUGAGCGGGAUCCUGUGCCAGGCCUGGGCCUCUCCCAUUCCUCAUGAACACAAAUUCAUGUCUAAGAGGUUCAGGAAGAAGGACCUCAGAGAAAACUACUGUCGUAACCCAGACAACUCCACCGUUGGCCCGUGGUGUUUUACCACUGACCCCAGGCCACACCUCAGACACCAGGAGUGUGGCAUACCACAGUGUUCACAGGUGGAGUGUAUGAACUGUAAUGGGGAAGAUUACAGAGGACCCAUGGACCACACAGAGAGUGGAAAGGAAUGUCAGCGCUGGGACCUGGAUGAACCACACAAACACCUGUACCACCCCAAGAGGUACCCUGACAAGGGCCUGGAUGACAACUACUGUAGGAACCCAGAUGGACGCCACAGGCCCUGGUGCUUUACCACAGACCCAAACAAACCCUGGGAGUACUGCAACAUCAAAGUUUGUGAAACACCUCCCAAAAGUAACCUGGUGGAAACACCCGAGUGCUAUAAGGGCAGAGGAGAAGGUUAUAGGGGGAUCGUGGACGUGACGCCCACUGGACUCACCUGCCAACGCUGGGACUCCCAGUAUCCCCAUAACCACACAUUCUUACCUCAAGCCUACCUCUGCAAGGACCUAAGAGAAAACUACUGUCGAAAUCCAGAUGGCCAAGAAUUCCCCUGGUGCUUCACUACGGACCCAAGAGUCCGCACAAUGUUCUGCACCAACAUCCCUCAGUGUGGCACCCAGAACAAGCCUGUCAGCGACUGCUAUGAAAGCUUUGGAGAGAAUUACCAAGGAGAACAGUCAAGGACUAGAUCAAACCUGCCCUGUGCUCCCUGGACAGACCACAGCAACAGUGGCGAGAGGGGCAUGCUGAUGACUGGCCUGGAGCGAAACUACUGCAGAAAUCCUGACAAAGACAAACAUGGUCCCUGGUGUUACACCAACAACUCUGCCAUACCCUGGGACUACUGCACUGUAAAACCAUGUGAUGCUUCACAGAACACCAUUCCACUGGGUGAGCUGUCCUCUGUGGGGUGUUUUAUCCAUAAGAGAACCAGGAUCGUGGGAGGAGGUCCAGUGAACAUAUCAGAGGGUAGCUGGAUGGUCAGCAUACAGAAAGGGUCGGUGCACUGGUGUGGGGGUUCACUAAUACGAGAGCAGUGGGUACUCACCGACAGACAGUGCUUCUCCUCAUGUGUUCCAGACCUCAGUGAGUAUCGGGUGUGGCUGGGAGUCUCUGAUAUUCGAGAUGGUGCUCCUGACUGGUCCAAGAGACAGGAAGUCAGAAUAGCUCAUGUGAUAUGUGGCCCUGAGGGCUCCAGUUUAGCUCUUAUAAGGCUGUCCAAGCCUGCCCUUCCUGCAGACAAUGUCCAUACGAUUCAGCUGCCUGUGGCUGGGUGCUCCAUCCCAGAAGGAACGAUAUGUAAAAUGUACGGGUGGGGCGAGACCAAAGGCACUGGCCAUGACGACAUGCUAAAGGCCAUUGACCUGCCCAUUGUCAGCAAUGAGAGGUGUAGAGAGAUGCACAGAGGGAACUUCCACAUCACCAACACCAAGAUCUGUGCGGGGGGCAAGAGGAACGAGGGAGUGUGUGAGAGGGAUUAUGGCGGCCCUCUUGUGUGCCAGGAUGGUGAGAUAAAGGUUAUUGUUGGAGUGAGCGUCCAUGGCAGAGGCUGUGCUCGGGCCAACCAGCCUGGCAUCUUCAUCAACGUGCCCUUUUACACGCAGUGGAUCUACAAGGUCUUCAAAUAUUACCCCAACCCUGAGAAUGUUUAGCCAGACAGAGACAGAGAAUAAACCAGAACCAGGGGACAAAAUCAAGCCUAGAGCCUCUACUUCUGUAAAUCCCGCGGUGCACUCAGGACACCUGGUUUCUAUGUUGUCCAUACUUACAUAGCCCACGGAUCAAUAGGAGACUGGUCUGAGGAUAGAUGAAUGGAUGGUAAUACUGUUCAUAUCUUAGAAAUAGGAAAUUAACUGCUGAAGCAGCUAAUAGUAAAAGAAAUCUGUCUUCGACUGAGUUCGAAGCAAACCAGGCAAACAAAUAUUUGGUUUUCAUCCAUUUUUCAUGGUUUUCUCUUGGUAGCAAAUCCACCAGAGUGGUAUGCAAGCACGUGAAUACUCUUGAUUCCUGGCGUUACUUGAAUGUUUUAAAACACCAAAGAGCAGUGGUUCAGCAGCUCCCUCUUUAGAGUACAUCAAUGGGCCACUUAGAAAACUAUCCAGUGGUAGAGCAAUGUUAAGGGCACUCUUACCAAGCUCCAUGCAUCCUGAGGGGCUUAAAUAAAGUGGCCCUUACUGUACAUAGUAUUUUAAUGAGUGUAUUUGUGACACUCUAAAGGUGAUUUGGGUCUUAUAGAUCUAUGACAAGGGAAAAUGAAUGUCGUGUUAGGCAGAUAAAUGAUGUACUGUGUGUUAUCUACAUUUCAGCUUUCAGUCAUGUUUCUUGUCUCAUACUGAUGUCAGCUGUAUGGUAACACCAAAAUAAAAUCCAUUGUCAGUAUUGUAAUGUUAUCACAAUUCCACUGACUGUAUAUAGAAGGGUGCUCUUUGCAUCCUGUGUAGAUAAAAGGAAUGUAAGGCUGGUCAGCCUUUAUAGAAUUUGAAAAAAAGCAGAAAAUGUAACAUGCAUGUGUACACACAAGCUCUUUCUAUACAAAAUCUCAUAUUUCUCUAAACCUAUGUGUUAAUUCAUCAUGGGUGUGUGUGUGUGUGUACAUCUGUUUUUGUACAUUUUUUCUGCAGCAGUGUCUGUAUGCAAAAAGACAACCGCAGAAGGAGAGUGCAUGCGUGUGUGUGUGUGUGUGUGUGCGUGUGUGCGUGCGCGUGCAUGAGCUCGUGCAUGUUUGAGCCAGAGCUGAAUGAAUUAUCCUCUCCCCACACUCAGGACUUGGCAGUCCUCCAACACCAAUCCACUCUGGAUAUUAGCGUCACAAAGUCUGUCACUUCAAACUUUGUCGUAGAAAGGAAGGGAUGGUCUUUGUAACUGCAUUGUCUGUCUGAGACGACUGAGAGGCCUUUGAAACAAAUUAACACGCCUCUUUUACCCGUGUAAAUGAUUGAGAUCACUUUAUAUUAUAACUACAUUAUGUUUGUGUAAAAGUGAGAAAAUUGAGGCGUGUGUGUGCGUGUGUGUGUGUGUGUGUGUGUGCACUGAAAGAUGCUGCAAGCUGCUAUCCUCUCCAGGUUGUACAGUACUGUCUUUUGUUCUCUGCAUAAUGUAGAUUCACUAUAAAUGUCAUGUCAUCUUACCCAGUAUGUUAAAUGUUAAACCUAGUUUCAGCAAUUAUUUGAAAAGUUUUAUGAUGUCUGUCACUAUAAUAAAUGUUUUUUUAAUCUUUGA